CUGUUCGGUAAGGAUCCUCUGUCUCUGUCUCUGCCUUCUUUGUUUGUUGGGUCUUCUCCUCCUUUUUGCUUUGUAAUCUCGAUGUCGAUGGAUGAAUAAUUUCAUUUUUAGUUCUGUCUGGGCCUCUUGGGGCGUUGACUCUAGGCCUUUCAAUUUGUUUAUUUUUUGUAGUUGUAUAUAAGAAGAAGUAGUAGUCAAAUCUAAUCUAGGUGUCUAUUUGAUGGAUAAUCUCAUCUGGGGUUGGUAUGGUAUGUAUGUAUCCAUUAGAUGAUCUUUGUAGUUAGAAGAAAUAUGUCUCAAAUCUGACUGAAUUCUUUUUGCUUUCAAUAAUUGUACAUUUCAUUCAUUUCUAGUAAGCUUUUUAAAAAAAAAAAUUUAGUAUAUAGAUAUAAAAAGCAAUGUCGUCCGCCGGUGUCACUGUCCUUAGUCCCGUUCGCGAUGAGCCUGUUGUUUUCCCUAAUAAUUUGCAUUCCGAAUUCAAUCUUUGCUCGGAAGAGUCGAUUAUGGUAUACCUCGACAUGUCGGGGUCAAUGACUCCUUUUCGUGUUUUGGAAUCGGAUUCCAUUGAUUCUGUUAAACUAAAGAUCCAAACCUGUAAAGGGUUUGUUGUCAAGAAUCAGAAGCUCGUUUGUGGAGGCCGAGAAUUGGCCCGGAGCGAUUCUCUGGUACGGGACUAUGGGGUUGCUGAUGGUAAUGUUUUGCAUUUGGUUCUUAGGCUUUCAGAUCUUCAGUUCAUUAAUGUUAGGACUGUGAGUGGGAAAGAAUUUAAAUUCCAUGUGGAGCGGGGUAAAGACGUUGGUUAUGUGAAACAUGAGAUUGCAAAGAAGGGGAAGGAGUUUGUUGAUCUUGACGAACAAGAAGUUGUGUAUAACGGAGAGAGAGUAGAGGAUCAGAGGCUUAUUGAUGAUCUCUGUAAACAUAAUGAUGCUGUGAUACAUUUGUUGGUUCGGAAAUCUGCAAAAGUUCGGGCUAGACCAGUUGAGAAGAAUCUUGAGUUGUCCAUCGUUGUGCCACAGUUAAUUGAUGGGGGAGUUCGUGACGUUGAUGGAGAAAAUUAUAGGAGUAAAUCUGAUGUUGGAGGAAAGAAUUCUGAUAGAGGGUAUGAAGCUGAUGGAGAAAUUCUACCUAAAAAGCCUCCUGAUAGGGGUUUUUUGUUGGAGCCAGUUAUUGUUAACCACAAGAUCAAAUUGCCCUCGGUGGUUUGGAAUAUGGUUAACUCCACAUAUGGCGGAUUAGAAAGUGGUCAUUAUCCGAUCAGGUCUAUGGAGGGUACAGGAGGAGUUUAUUUUAUGCUGGACACGUCGGGGCAGAAGUAUGUGUCUGUUUUCAAGCCCAUUGAUGAGGAGCCAAUGGCUGUGAACAAUCCCCGAGGGCUACCAUUGUCACUGGAUGGUGAGGGAUUAAAAAAGGGUACAAGAGUCGGAGAAGGAGCAUUCAGGGAAGUAGCAGCUUAUAUUUUGGAUCAUCCAAAAGGUGGGCACCGCUCAUUGUUUGGUGAAGGAAAGGGCUUUGCUGGGGUUCCCCCUACUUUUAUGGUCAAAUGCUUGCACGGAGGAUUUAACCAUCCUGGGGAUUUGACCGUCAAGAUUGGAUCUCUGCAGAUGUUCACGGAGAAUAAUGGAAGUUGUGAGGAUAUGGGCCCUGGGGCAUUCCCAGUUGAGGAAGUGCAUAAAAUCUCUGUGUUGGAUAUCAGACUGGCAAAUGCAGAUAGGCAUGCUGGGAAUAUUUUACUGAGCAAAGAGCAAGUAGAUGGCAAGACUCUGCUGAUUCCAAUUGAUCAUGGAUAUUGCUUGCCUGAAACUUUCGAAGAUUGCACAUUUGAGUGGCUCUAUUGGCCACAGGCUCGUCAACCUUACUCCACUGAGACCAUUGACUACAUAAGAUCUCUGGAUGCUGAAGAAGACAUUUCCCUUCUGAAAUUCCAUGGAUGGGACGUGCCACUUGAAUGUGCUCGCACACUCCGCAUCUCAACCAUGCUUCUGAAAAAGGGAGUAGAAAGAGGGCUUAGUCCCUUUGCCAUUGGAAGUAUGAUUUGUAGAGAAAACUUGAAGAAGGAAUCCGUGAUUGAGGAAAUUGUCCAAGAAGCCCAGGAUUCUGUGCUUCCUAGCACAAGUGAAGCUACAUUCCUUGAGACUGUGUCCCAAAUCAUGGAUCACCACCUUGACAAGAUUUCUCGGUUUCCGUUUUUAUAAGGAUGCUAUUUUUUUUUUAAUUUCUAUUAUAGGAACAUUGGUACAUAUAUGGACAUAGUAUCGUACAUAUGUAUGUAUGAUAGGUGAUUAGGAUGUUCUCCUUUUGUCCAUACACAAUGUGAAAGUAGUCGUUAUUUCUUUGUCAAUACUAUUUCUUUCAUAUCACAUGUCUUGUGAUUGAAUUGAAGUUCUUGAUUCAUUA